ACACACACACACACACACCAUAUGCGCGUUCGCGUCUGCUGGUCAGCCAUUUUGACUGGAGAAACAAUGUCAAAAUCUUUUUCUGCUCACAGUUUAAAGCUCUGAGGGGCCAGUGCUGAAGCAGGGCUGCUGAAGGAGGGAGGAUAUCGGGGGAUGUAUGGAUGCAGGACGAUGCCUCGCCAAUCAAACCUCACAUUUCCCCUCUGACAGACUACAGGACGGUUCCGAUCACAGACUGCUGUUUGUCUGACAUCUCCAAGUGUUACUGGUGCCUGUGUUGUAACGUGAGGCAGCCUUGUGGCUGGACGGGUUAUAUGACCACUGACCACUCAGUCUAGUAAGCCAAUGUGUGUAAACUGGUCUCUGCAUCCCAACUAAGGACACACACCAUCUAACUAAAGGCUCUCUCUCUCUUUCGUCUGUAAGCUGCAGUCAUGUUCUGGAAGUUCGACCUGCACAACUCCUCUCAGAUCGAGAAGCUCUUGGAGAAGGAGGAUGUGACUCUACAGGAGCUGCUGGAUGAAGAUGAUGUGCUGCAGGAGUGCAAGGCCCAGAACCAGCGCCUCCUCCUCUUCCUCACUCGGGACAGCAGCAUGCUGGAGCUCCUCAACCUCAUCACGCACGAGCCCCCUGCUGACCGGGAGGAGAGACUGCGCUACAAGUAUGCUAAUGUAGCAUGUGAGCUGUUGACAUGCGAUGUGUCCCUCAUCAAUGAUAAAGUUGGUGGAGAUGAGUCUCUGAUGAACACACUCUAUAGUUUCCUAGAGCAGAAGUCAGCGCUGAAUCCUCUAUUGGCUUCCUUCUUCAGUAAGGCCUUCGGCAACCUCAUCACCCGCAAGACAGAGCAGGUUAUUGGUUUCCUAAAGAACAAGGAGGAUUUCAUAGGGCAGGUGUUGAAGCACUUGGACACGUCGGCCAUGAUGGAUCUGGUGCUGCGUCUCAUUAGCAGCGUGGAGCCCGUGUGUCUCAGACAGGAAGUGCUUACUUGGCUGAAUGAAGAGAGGCUGAUCCAGAGACUCAUUGAGCUGAUACACCCUCACAGCGACGGACAGAAGCAGUCGAACGCAUCUCAGACGCUGUGUGACAUCAUCCGUCUGAGCAGAGAUCAGGCCAGUCUGCUCCAGGAGACGUCAGAGACCACCGACCCUCUGCUCACAACACUAGAGCUACAGCAGAAUGUUGAGGCCCUAUUGAAGAACAUGUUUGAAGGGGAAAAGAGUGAAGUGUGCAUUGUCAAUGGAACUCAAGUUUUACUCGCACUGUUGGAAACUCGUAGACCAGGUGUUGAGCAGGUGAUUGACCCGUGCUCUCAGGGAUUGGAAAAGUCUUACACUGUAAACAACAGUAUUUUAAUGGGCAUCCAACCACAUCUAAAGCACUUCCACCACCUUCUGUUGAACCCACCCAAGAAAUGUGUGAUGUUGACCACGAUGGGCGUCCUGGAGGAGCCGUUUGGCAACGCGCGACUGCAUGCAUCCAGACUGAUGGCUGCUCUUCUGUACACCAGAGCUCCCAGAAUCCACCUCGAGCUCUGCCAGCUGAACAUGAUCAACCUGCUGCUGGAUUUGUUUUUCAAAUUCUCCUGGAAUAACUUCCUACACAUCCAAGUAGAGCAUUGUGUCUCUGCCAUCCUUAACCAGACGACACCGAACGGGAAAACACACGACAGUCCAGAUCAGAUUCAGCUGGAAACACAAGACACACAGAACUCAGAAAAAACUGACAUGUUCACAUGCUGUGACAUGAUAAAGCAUCUGCUGAAGGACUGCAGGCUGGUUCAGAGGAUUUUGGAUGCUUGGGAGGAAAAUGACAAAACACAGGAAGCUGGAGGCAUGAGAAAAGGCUAUAUGGGUCAUUUGACCAGGAUUGCCAACACAGUGGUGCAGAAUGCAGAGAGAGAACAGGAACAGACCCAAAUCGCACAGCUAAUAAAAGAGCUACCAGAGGACUAUAAAGCACGCUGGGAGCAGUUUGUGAAUGAAACGCUAACAGAAACUAACAAGAAGAACACAGCAGACCUGGUGUUCUCAGAUUAUCAGAUCCAGCAAAUGACGGCCAACUUUGUUGAUCAGUUUGGACUGAAUGACGAUGAAUUUGGAGACCAUGACGGCAGAAUCAGCGCCACGUUCGAUCGAAUCACAGAGAUCAAAUUUAACCUGGUGGAUGAGGGGGCGAGCUCUGCCAUCUUUGAGACUCGCACAAAGGAGAGAAUCCGGCCUUUUGAUGAUGCUGAGGAGGAGGAAGAUAUUUGGGAGGAUAAAGAAAUCAACUAUGCAACACAAGUGAAAGCCAGAAGCAGGUUUGGACUGGUGACAAACGCUCAGAAGAGCGAGGCGGAUGGUGGCUCUCGCAGACGUCUGGGGUCACCUGACAUGGAGUGGUUCCCAGAGACCAAACAAACUCAAGAAAAUACCAAGAACCAGGAAAUGGACAAGCAGUCCAGCGAUCCGCAAAGUCCUGGAUGGAUAGCGAGUUUUGAAGACGACUUCAGCUGUCGGGAUUUCACGAGUAUCGCGAUGGAUACGGGCUCCAGUGUGUGGGGGAGCUCUACUGCCCAGCUCAGUGAGACGGAGGAGAAGGGAUGGGCGACUUUCACGGACUUCCAGCCCUUCUGCUGUUCAGAUGCAGGACCCAGAUGCAGUUCACCUGUGGACUCGGAAAAUCCAAACAAACCGAGCCAAAAUGAAGAAAUUAAAGGCUCAUCAGCGUGUGUGUGGAGUGUGUGUGGGGCGAGGAAGGCUCCGCUGGUGGCGUCCGACAGCAGCUCCAGUGGGUCAGACAGUGAGGAAGAGGAGGACAGAACCAACAUCAUCACAGAGAGCGUCCCCACAGCCAAUACCAAGGACAAUGUUAAACUCAGUGUAGAUGCAAAACAUGAGAAGGCACUCUUCAUCAGAAAGAAAAACAGUCAACAUAUAGUCCCGUCUGCUGAGGUCAAACCUUACCUGAAAGAUCACUUCCUGUCCAGACGGAUCACUGAUCUCGACCUUCUGACCCUCUCUGCCCUGCCGCCCGGCAUCGACCAGCAGGAGUGGAUAGCAACAAACACGGUGUCGUUUUUCCAGCACACAACCCUCUUCUUCAGCGCUCUGUCUGAUUGUUGCUCAUUGACCACGUGUCCGGCAGCCAAGAGCUCAAGAAACAUGUUGUAUGAAUGGACAGACGAUCAGGGGAAGAAACUGAAGUGUUCAGCUCCGAUCUACAUCGACUACGCCUUGUCCUACAUUCAGGAGAUUCUCACAGAUGAGCGGGUGUUUCCCACCAAGGCCGGUUCAGCGUUCCCUUCUGGAUUCAUGUUCCUGAUACAGAAGAUCUUUGUGAUGCUCUUCCGCACGCUGGCUCACCUGUUCAGCGUUCACUACCAGGACGCCAUCGCCGUGGAGUUACACCCGCAGCUCAACACGCUCUUCACACACUUCAUCACCUUCAGCCAGACGUUCAGACUGCUGGAGCCUUCAGAGACGGCGCCGAUCGACGAGCUCAUCUACGUGCUCACACACUGACACACAAACACACAGAAACACAAGGAACAUACAUGUGAGGUCUUCACUAAAAAACAUAGCAUGAGCCUGUGAAUUAUAAAAUUCACAGAUGGGACACUCUGUAGCUUUGGCACCUAAAAGACACGUGCAAGUGAAGACCAUGAGACUGCAAGUCCACAUCAAGUGCACUAUUUAGGACAGUUCCUUUUUGAUGUUACAUAAGAAUCCCUUUGAUGUUUUGACCCAGUAGAAUUAGAAUGUGUCAAUCAGCUUUAGACUGAGCUCUGAUUGGACAGCGCAGACGGCCCUGCCUAUAAGCGGUUUUUCAGUGCCAACCAUGGACGCGGGUAAUUAUCUUUUGGCCAGUGGCCACAUGGCCUUUCAACAAGAUGCAAUUCUUAGGAAUCUGGGAGCACUGGGAGCUUUCAACUGUACUUUGCAAAUUAUGGCAGCAUUCCCUCUUGGUAUGUCUGUCUGCCACACUGAACGAAAAACACUGUUUGGGAGGGACAAAAUUAUUUUCCAAAAAGAUACACUGUCAUUCAAAGGUUUGUGGUUUCUAUUUCUCCCCCCUGAAAGAAAUAACUACUUUUACUCAUCAAGGAUGCUUUAAAUUGACCAGAAGUGAUUCAGUAAAUACAUUUAUAAUGUUACAAAGGAUUUGUUUCAAAUACAUUUUGUACUUAUUCUAUUCAUCAAAGGCUCCUGAAAAAAAAAAAAAGUAUUAAAAUUUCCACAUAAAUAUUAAGUAGCACGGUUUUCAACAUUGAUAAUAUAAUACGGCUGCUGAAACAUCAGCUUUGCCUUACAGGAAUGACAUUUUAAAAUAUAUUAAAAUACAAAACGUAUAUUAAAUUGUAAUAAUAUUUCAAAAUAUUACUUUUUUCAUUUAAUUUCGAUCAAAUAAAUGCAGCUGUGGUGGGCAUAAGAGACUUCUUUCACAAGCAUUAGAAAUCUUACAGACCUCAAACCUUUGAACUGUGUAUUUUUGAAUGAAUAACAAACACUACAUCGCGUCCUAAUCAGAUGUGACGCAAUAAUACGACAAAAGAAAAUAUUUUUUUUCCCUUGUUUUCCCGAGUUUUUAUCCAAACCAGUCAUGACCGUGACAACGGCAUAGGGCCUACGCAGAAAUAUAAAAAUCAACAUUUAUUGAUCACGUGACUCCUAUUUCUGUAGCUCCACCCACUGUGAAAUCUCAUUUGUCUAAAAUCCCUCUGCGCACACCUGAAUAUUAAUCAAAAUGUCCUGACUGGCCACGUGGCAUCUUCGUUUUUUCCAUUGAGAACAGACAGGUGAGCGAUGAAGUCGCAUCCCGUCAUGUCUGUUUUAGGGCGUGCUGUAAAAAAGGGAAAUGACAUUUAAAUUUAAAAUACCUGGGCCACUGCGUACACCAUUACUGAGGUACUAUGUCAUGGGAAAUUGUUCCAUAUCAUUCACAAACGUCAUUUCACACACAACAUUUUUCUGACUUGAACAUAAUCACAGUGACUAAUUCACACAAAACUCCUUCAGAAAGACACUGUGACAGAAUGUGGCCAUAAUAUGCUGUUGAUGGUCUUAUAUGGGUUUAGAGUGUUUGUUCGUGUUCCUGUAUGUUGAAAGAGAGAGAAAUAUGAGGAUAAAGAGAGAGAUCAGAUGUUUCUCCUCGAUCCUAAGCAUUCAUAAAUGAACAGCCCCGAGGAUAUUAGAAAUAUACACAUCAAAACACACAGCGGAGAGCGGUUCCCAGUCAGAACUAGAUCCGUUUAUAUAUUCUCUCUCUCUCUCACACACACACACACACACACACACACACACACACACAACUCAUUCAGUCAUUGUACUGCAUCAGUGUAUUUAUUACUUUGUCUUUUUAUCUUGUGCAAAGUAAGAAGGAAUGAAUUUUGGGAUGACAGACCGUUACAUUUGUCAAACACAGAUAGUAUAUUAGUAUACUUUUAUACACUGUAUACAACCUAGUAUAUACUGUAUACUGCUUUUAAAAAAAUACUGUCAUUCAGUAGCCUAUGCAAAAUGUUUCAAACAGUAGCUAGACUUGUCACGUUUUUAAUUCCAGUGAGUGAAUAAUUAAAUAAUGAAUCUGUUA